AUGGCGACUGUCAAGGGCCUCAAACAGAUCCUCACCAAAAACCCUACCGACGUGGUCAUCCUCUCCUCCCUACGAACACCCGUCACCCGUGCCGUAAAAGGCGGCUUUCGCGAUGCGCACGACCACGAACUCCUCAUGCACGUCCUGCGCGCCACAUUGGCCGCCAACCCAAACCUCGACCCCGCGAAGAUCGAUGAUGUAGCUGUGGGCGUGGUCCUCGCCGAGCUGGGCGGCAGCAAAGCCGCAAGGAUGGCGCAGCUGCAUGCCGGCUUCAACGACCGAACAGGUCUGCAUACCGUGAACAGAGCAUGCAGUUCGGGCCUCCAGGCAGUGACGAAUAUCGGCAACUCCAUCGCUGUGGGGCAAAUCGAUGUGGGUGUGGGCGCAGGCAUGGAGAGCAUGACAAAAAAUUAUGGCAGUAAAGCUAUCCCUGUAAAUCUGUGGGAUGAGCUGAAGAACAGUCCGAACGACAAUGCCAGGGAUUGUAUUAUGCCCAUGGGGUUGACGAGCGAAAAUGUCGCGAAGAGAUAUGGCGUCAGUAGAGAGGAUCAGGACGCCUUUGCCGCCGAGUCGCACCGCAAGGCUUCAAAAGCACAAAAGGCCGGCUUGUUCGAUCAGGAGAUCAUCCCCGUCAAGGUCAAGCAGACCGAGCCGGAACACUCCGACAUGCCAAGGGAAGUGGUGGUCGACAAGGACGACGGUAUCAGACACGACGCCAGCGUCGAGAAGAUGGCCAAAUUAAAACCCGCCUUCUCCAAGGACGGAUCCUCAACCGCAGGAAACUCGAGUCAAAUCUCAGACGGCGCCGCCGCCACGUUGAUGAUGCGGCGGUCAACAGCCAACGAGCUGGGAUUGACAAAGAGCAUCAUCGGCAAGUGGGCUGGCUCGCAAGUCGCCGGUUGCAGACCCGAUGAGAUGGGUGUCGGUCCCGCUAUCGCCAUCCCCAGGCUGUUGGAUUACACGGGCUUGAAGACCGAGGACGUCAACAUCUGGGAAAUCAACGAGGCCUUUGCCAGCCAAGCCCUUUAUUGCAUCAGGAAACUCGGACUGGACAUUGAAAAGGUUAACCCCAGAGGCGGCGCCAUCGCUCUUGGCCAUCCACUAGGUAUGACUGGUACGCGACAACUUGCCACACUUUUGCCCCAAUUGGAGGAAGGACAAACAGGUGUGGUGAGUAUGUGCAUUGGUACCGGCAUGGGCAUGGCUGGUCUGUUCGUCAGAGAGUAG